AUGACAGCGCCUAAUGAAAGCAAAUAUGUGACACUCGUAUCUUGCGAUGGAUUUGAGUUCGUCGUUUUGAGAGAGGCUGCUUGCACAAGUGGUGCGAUCAAGAAGAUGUUGGAUACAACCAGUGGUUGGGAAGAAUCUCAGACAGGAAUCUGCCGUUUCGAAGAGAUAAAUGGUAUUGUCCUCGAGAAGGUCGCCGAAUACUUUUACUAUAACUACAAAUAUCGGAACUCGGAGAAUGUGCCAGACAUGGAGAUUCCUGCAGAGCUGUGCUUGGAGUUGUUGAUGGCAGCCGAUUACCUUGACAGUUACAUAACACGUUUACACCAAGACGACUUAAUGGCUGCAACGGCGUUUAUGACUACUCGGGAUGAGAAACAUAACAAUUGGGGAUAG